AUUCCCCUCUCGAGUAAACAUUGUCUAUUUAUAAUGCUUCGCUUUUAAGUCCUAAACCACACAGACCCCUCACAGUCUCACACACACUGACACAUCAUCUGGCUAUAGCUCCAUGCAGCUGAAGCUCGGAGGUGCCUCGGCGUGGUUGAACCGCCCGGAUCAGUAGAUUGCCGGGAGGUGCUCGACUGACUGCCGACGUACCGGUCGAUCGUGAUGGCGGCGACGGCGAGGAAGCUGAUCGUGGAGGUGGUGGAGGCGCGGGACCUGCUGCCCAAGGACGGGACCGGCACGUCGAGCCCCUACGCGCGCGCCGACUUCGACGGGCAGCGCCGGAAGACGCGCACGGUGACCAGGGACCUCAACCCGGCGUGGAACGAGGCGCUCGAGUUCGACUUCCCGGCCGCCGGCGUCGGCGUCGACCCCGUCGCGGGGGAGCCGCUCGAGGUCGCCGUGCUGCACGACGUCCGCGUCGGGCCCAGCCGGCGGAACAACUUCCUCGGCCGCGUCCGCCUCGACGCGCGCCAGUUCGUGCGCAAGGGCGAGGAGGCGCUCAUCUACUUCCCGCUCCAGAAGAAGAGCCUCUUCAACUGGGUCCGCGGCGAGAUCGGGCUCAAGGUCUACUACGUCGACGUGCCGCUCGCGCCGCCGGAGCCGGAGCCGGAGCCACCAGCCGCUGGUGACUCCGCUCCUGAUGCCGCGGCGGCGGAAGCAGAAGCGCCGCCGCCGCCGGCCGAUGCUCCUAAGGAGGCUUCUGCGGAUGAGCCGCCGAAGGCGGAGCCGCCGGCGGACGCAGCUCCGGCGCAACAGCCGGAGCCGGCGGCAGAGGCAGCAGGCGGCGACGGAUCCACCGCGGAGAAGCCACCUGAGGCUGACCCCGCAGCGGCGACCCCGGCACCGGAAGAUGCACCCGUAAUGACGGCAGAGGCGGUGGCACCGCCGGAGGAGAAGCCACCGGAAGAGGAGCCGGUGUUGAGCCAGCCACCGCAGCCGACGCCAACACCGAUGCCGCGGCAGGUAUCCAUGCCUGUGCGAAGGCCGCAGCCGCCGCCUCCACCGGAGGAGCCGAUGGAGCGGAGCAAGCACGAUCUGGUGGACAAGAUGCCGUACCUGUUCGUCCGGGUGGUGCGCGCGCGGGGGCUGCCCGCCGGCGCGCACCCGCACGUUCGCGUGGCCGCCGGCGGCAUCCACGCGUCCACGCGGGAGGCACGCCGCGGCGCCUUCUUCGAGUGGGACCAGACCUUCGCGUUCGUGCGCGACCCGGACACCGAUUCGCCGGGACCCACGCUCGAGGUCUCCGUCUGGGACCUCCCGCCCGACGCCGACGUAUCCGUCGCCGAUGAUCGCCACUUCCUUGGCGGCCUCUGCUUCGACACCGCCGACGUGCACGCGCGGGACCCGCCGGACGGGCCUCUGGCGACGCAGUGGUACAGGCUCGAGGGCGGGCGCCGCCUCGGCGGCGCCGACCUCAUGGUCGCCACGUGGGCGGGCACGCAGGCCGACGAGGCCUUCGCCGACGCGUGGAAGGCGGAUUCCCCGGCGGCGACCUCGGCCGCGGUCGCUGCCACAUCGCGCGCCAAGGUUUACGUCUCGCCGAAGCUCUGGCUCCUGCGCCUCACCGUCAUCGAGGCGCAGGACACGCUCACGGCGCCGCCUCCCCGCGACGCCGGCAUCGCGGUGCGCGCCACGCUGGGCUUCCAGGCGCUCAAGACGCGCACCACGCCGGUGGCGCGCAACGGAGGGCCCGCGUGGAACGAGGACCUGCUCUUCGUCGCCGCCGAGCCGUUCACCGACGACGACUGCCUCGUCAUCUCCCUCGAGGUGCGCCACGGCAAGGAGGCCUUCCCUGUCGGCUCGGCCAGCAUCUCACUCGCCACCAUCGAGCGGCGCGUCGACGACAGGAAGGUGGCGUCCAAAUGGCUCGACCUCCUACCGUCCGACGAGGCCGCGAAGAGAGUCGGGAAGAAGGCGGCGAUGCACAUGCACGGAGGGCGGCUGCACGUGCGCGUGUGCCUCGACGGCGGCUACAACGUCGCCGACGAGCCGUCGUACGCGUGCAGCGACUUCCGGCCGUCGGCGCGGCAGCUCUGGCACCCACCCCUUGGCGUCGUGGAGCUAGGCAUCAUCGGCUGCAAGGGCCUCCUGCCGAUGCGCACCGCCGACGGCAAGGGCUGCACGGACGCGUACGCCGUGGCCAAGUACGGCCCCAAGUGGGCGCGCACGCGCACCAUCGCCGACAGCUUCGACCCGGCCUGGAACGAGCAGUACACGUGGCCGGUGUACGACCCCUGCACCGUGCUCACUGUCGGCGUGUUCGACGACCCGCCGCCGGCGCAGCCGUCAGACGGCGGCGGGAAGGACGCCGCCGCCGCGGCGUGCUCGCGGCCGAUGGGGAAGGUGAGGGUACGGCUGUCCACGCUGGAGCUCGGCCGCGUGUACCGUGGCCUGUACCCGCUCAUCAUGAUGCUGCCCACCGGCGCGAAGCGGAUGGGCGAUGUCGAGCUGGCCAUCCGCUUCGCGACGUCCGCGUCGACGCUCGACGUGCUGCACACGUACGGCCGCCCGGCGCUGCCGGCGAUGCACCACCUGCGGCCCGUCCCGGCGGUGCAUCGCGAGGCGCUGCGGCUGGCCGCGGCGCGCAUCUCGGCGGCGCACCUGGCGCGGUCGGAGCCGCCGCUGCGGCGCGAGGUGGCGACGUGGAUGCUGGACGCCGCGGAGCCGCGCGGGUUCAGCAUGCGCAAGCUGCGCGCCAACUGGAACCGCGCCGCCGCCGCGCUCUCCUGGGUCGCCGACGCGGCGCGCUGGGUGGAGGACACCCGGUCGUGGCGCAACCCGACGGCGACCGCGAUGGCGCACGCCGUGCUGGUCCUCCUCGCGUGGCACCCGGACCUCGUCGUGCCGACGGUCACGCUCCACGUCGCCGCCGUGGGAGUGUGGAAGUACAGGCGCAGGCCGCGCGCGCCGGCGGCGCACCCGUGCGUGCGCGCGUCCAUGGCGGAGGCGCCCGACAGGGAGGAGCUGGACGAGGAGUUCGACACGAUCCCGAGCGCGAGGCCGCCGGAGGUGGUGCGGGCGCGGUACGACCGCGCCAGGAUGGUGGGCGCGCGGCUGCAGCAGAUGGUCGGCGACGUCGCGACGCAGGCGGAGAGGCUGCAGGCGCUCGUGUCGUGGCGCGACCCGCGCGCCACGGGGAUGUUCGUCGCGCUGUGCGUCCUCGUGGCCAUGGUGCUGUACAUGGUGCCGAUCAAGAUGGUGGCCGUGGUCGCCGGGUUCUACUACCUCCGGCACCCGAUGUUCCGGGACCGGAUGCCGGCGCCGGUGAUCAACUUCUUCCGGCGGCUGCCUUCCAUGUCUGAGCGAAUCAUGUAGGAGCAAGCAAGCAGUAGAAACGUGGCAUCAGGUGGCCAGUGACAGUAAGGCAAGCGCCGAUUUCUGGAGAGACGAGAGAUCACAUAGGAAGUAAUGGCGUAAUAAGCAGUACCAGUUGUACUUUAGCAGCAACAUGUUAAUGUUUCUCUUCUGAUUUCCAUCCAUGCUUGAACAGAAUAAAGCAAUUUCUUUCAAUUUAUACUUCUUGGGUUUUUAA